UCAAUUUAAAUUUUGAACCCUAAUUUCACAAAUCCUCAAUUUCUUUCUCUAAUUGGAUCGCGAGGGAUAUACUUUGGUUCAGCAGAAAGAGGGGAAAAUCACAUUAGGUUUCAAUUUGGGGGAAUGGCAUCCGAGAAGAAACCUUCAGAGGGCAUAGCGUUGCUCUCGAUGUACGGCGACGAAGAUGAUGAGAUGGAAGAAGUCGAUGAGGAAGUAGAAAAUAUCGACGAAGGUGGAAUUCCCCUUCCGGCGUCGGAUUCCGUCGCCGUGAACGAUAACGAUGGUAUUGCAGAUUACAGCAAGGAAGAGAGUGGUCGAUUCAACGGCUACACUCCUCCAGCUUCCGCCACUCCACAGCAAACGAUCUUCUCGCCCCAAGAGCGGCUACAAGCGCAGCAGUUCGGUUCGGAUUUGAAUAAUGUUCAGAGCCAAAAGAGUCGGCCGACUAUUGUGGAUUAUGGCCAUGAAGAGGGCGCGAUGUCUCCAGAAGCAGAGGAAGGUCAAAUAAAGGCGACUGGAACAGUAAUGUACGGGGAGCAGCUUCAAAGCACUGAUGGUGAAUCACUAGAAAAAAAAUCACCAGGUAUGGUGCGGCUUCCUACGCCUAGCACUCAAGCUGCUACCCCACAAUCAUUGGAACCAGAUCAGCCUGAAACAGAUGCCAUGGAUUAUGCUACAAAUGAAUCAGAAGCUGCAGGGACUGAGGAUGCUGUUAUGGUUUCUGUUGAGGAUCAAAAGAAUAUUGAUCCAUUAGAUAAAUUUCUGCCCCCACCUCCCAAGUCCAAAUGCUCAGAAGAACUGCAAGUAAGCGCUCUAACUGAAGAAAAAAAUUGA